AUGACGUACACAAGCAGCACCUGGGCAAAGAAUGCAGGAAGUCAACAAGCAUUUAUCACUACCUACAGAGCAGAAGACUUGGACAAGUUGACAGCACGACUGAAAAAUGGCCUGGGCAGAUCAAACUACAAACCCACGGAAUACGAAAAAGUGCAAGCCAUGGUUGACGCUAAACGGCUGCAAACUGCUUUGAUCGGAAAAAAGGUUAAGAGGACCCGAUGUGUAGCCAAGGAAAUUAAGGAGUCCGACACAUUACGGCAGCACAGGCAGGUGUGGAGCCGAGAGUGCCCUAGGCUGCAAAAAGCAGAAGCUAAAGCGGCGAGUGAAUUGCAUAAUUUCAUGGAGAACAUCAGGCCACAUGGCAUAGAAGACACUGCCAUCUUUUCCCUCAAAGAAUAUGAAGUGUUUCUCGAGAGGGACCGUAUGGACUUCAUAAUGGGCACUGUUCAGCCAGUUCAUCAGUUAAAAGAGGACUUAAGCUUCAGGUUGGAGCAAGAACAAAAGCAAGGAAUCGGCACCCCUCCGGCAGACUGGGAAGACGUGCAACACCAGGUCAGUUGUGUAAAAGACCAACAAGAUAUCAUAACAGCCAAACUACAAGAGGAGUACUGUGAUCUAGAUAAGGAAAUAAAAUACCUUGAUUUGGAGAAAUAUUUGCCAGCCCUGGAUAUCAUGGUGAAUGACAGCAUUCCCACAGAGGUUCUGGAAUCAGACUGCCCAUAUCCUGAGCUAAAGGAGUCAUUAAUCCAGGCCUUUCACUCAUCGUCAGAAAUCCACCAGUCCCGACUGCAAUGUCUUGAAGAGCACCUAAAAAGAACAGACAAAUAUUGUGGCUGGUGUCCGGAUGACCACCUACGCUUCCAUUUCACCUUGUCUCAGUACACUCAAGACAUACCCAACAACCGAGUACUCUGCAUGCAUAUGCUUCAAAGGGUCUUCCCGGAAAAACUUAAAAAUGAUCUGCUGGAGCAUGAGCGUGCAUUGGCCAGACAACGCUUCACUCAGACUCAGAUAAAGGUUCUGACCCAGCAGUGGCAGCAAGAACAGGAAGAGCUCCUAGCUAAAGCUCUCGCAACAUUGCAAGAAGCGAGGGAUGCCUAUCAGGAGGAGCUGGAGCUCCAAAGAGACCGCCAACAUCAGCAGGACAUCUGCUUGCGGCUUAGAGAUAAGCUGCAGCAGUGGCGUUCACAUCAGGAGGAGGUGGCUGAGCUUCAGGCGGCCAUCGCUGCACGACAGCAGGAGGAAUCUGAGGCCAUUUUAAAGAGGGAGCAGGAAAGGGAGGCUGCUCUACGGGCACAUCAAAAAGAAAAGCUCCGGAAAUUUCAUUUGGAGCAGCAAAGGAGGAGGGAAGACCUGGAGCAGCGGGAUCAGGAGAGGCUGGCUAAACUGAGGAGUGCUAUGGAAGAACAGGCCAGGCAGGAUAAAGAGAGGGUACUUUUCCGGGCUGAGAUGUUGCAGAGGCGCCUGGAGGCGAGGGAGGCAUGCGAACUGGAGCGUCAGAGAGAGGAAUUAGAGAGGCACAAUCGUCUGGAAGCUCUCCGAAACCAGGUUGCAGUGGUGGCAGAGUCUGACUCAGACCGGAUGAUGGGAGAUACUCAGUCCUGGCGGAAUCGACACAUCAAUUUCAAGGAAAUUGAUAUCCAGAAGCCUCUUUUUGGACUUUACACAUACACGGAUGCACAGAUUGUCGCCGAUCCCAGAUUGCGGGUCGAGCAGGCCCUGAGGAAUGCUGGCUUGCACCAUACGCAGUACGCCCAAGAGGUUCUGGCCCAUAUCAAGCCCCCCAAACCGCCACGACGAGACACCAAAUCUGAAAUCCAGUUUUAA